AUGGGAGCUUCUUAUUCGACAUGUGCAAUUUGUGUAGAGUCUCGGUAUACUUCAGAAUUUAAAGCAGUUACAAAGAAUUGUAAACAUACGGCAUUAACUUGUCAGACAUGUGUUAAUAGACACAUUGAAGCUGAAUUAAACAAUAAAGGAAAUUUGGAAAUUAUAUGUUUAGUUGAAUCGUGUAGACAAAUUAUGGAUUAUAGUGAUAUAGAAAAUGUCGCAAGAAAAGAGGUAAUGGUAAGAUAUGAUAGAAUGUUGGUUAAUAGUGCAUUGGGUGGAGAUCCAAAUUUUAGAUGGUGUAAAAAUUCUAAAUGUGGAUCUGGUCAAAUUCAUAGUAGCGGACACAAUGAACCUAUAAUGAGAUGCGAAUCAUGUGGUCAAAAAUCUUGUUAUACACACGAUGUUCUUUGGCAUACAGAUUUAACGUGCACUCAAUAUGACGAUAUUAUUAAAAAAGCGGAAGAGGCAACUCAAGAUUUACUUAAUCGAGAAACUAAAGCUUGUCCUAAAUGUGGUGUAAGAAUCACUAAAAAUGGUGGUUGUAACCAUAUGACUUGUAGAAUUUCGACUUGUAAACAUGAAUUUUGUUGGUUGUGUUUGGCUGAUUAUAAUGCGAUUCGUAAAAAUGGAAAUAAAUCUCAUCGGAGAACUUGUCAAUUUUAUGCCUAA